AUGUCCACCGACGACAGCCAUCAAAACCGCAACUCCGUCGAUUCUACGGCCAGCGAGGUCACUGUUCGCCCUGAGAGCCUCCCUCGUUUGCUCCUCUGGGAUACCACAUUCAGCUCUUAUUCGGAGGAGGAGGAAGCUUAUGAGUUGGGCCGCCCUGACACCCCCUUCGUCGAUGUAAACCUGAGCACAUCGCGGAUUCACGUCGAGAGCGACACCUUUCACCACGCAGAGGGGGAUGCAGUGGAAAUGCAGCCACACCUCCUCACAGCUCAGCAUGCGCACGCCGAACGGCUCCCACUCCAGCACCCAGACGCGCAGAAGCUCAAACGUGAGGUCACCAAAGUGCAAACCUGCAACCCGGAGCACACUGAGGUCCUGAAGCUCGAUCCGACGGACAGCACGCCUUCCCUCUUCGUCCCACAUCUCAGAGCUCAAGACGAAGCCUCUGUCGCUUCUUCGGAAGUCGCCCAACCUUCCGCUCGCUCGCUCGAAUGA